UGUCAACCAGAUACCGGUGAGACCGAAACAGUUACGCGAUCCGUUCGCAUCUCGUAUUCGCUUGGCCGUUGGAUUUUUAAUUAUUUCCUGCUGUUAAACCACGUUUGCGAGUCGGGAGUCGAUACAGGACAUUACCAGCACUGCGAGUAUGGUUACACCCUUGCGCACAGCAAUCGCGAUCCACCGAAAAUGUAUGACGACCGGAUUGGCCAUUCGAGGCUGGCAAAUGUUGCGCGCACCGCUGCAACAAUUAUGUCAUACCAAAGCGGCCACAGAAUGUGUCUCAUUUCACGGCCAGUGGCCGGCAGACGAGCAGAAAGCGUUUUGUCAGGAUAUGCUCGUAGUCCAACAGUUCCUCAAUGAAACAGAGGAAAGCGGACUUUUGGGUGAAAUCGAACCGUACCUGAAGCGAUUACGAUACGAAUUCGAUCACUGGGAUGAUGCGAUACACGGGUACCGCGAGACGGAACGUAAGCACUGGCAGCCGAGCAACCGUGCCAUCAUCGACCGAAUAAUAGCGACCGCGUUCGGCGGUGUAGCAAUGCCGUACGUACACGUACUGGAUCUGGCCGAGACGGGAGUUAUCAAACCACACGUGGAUAGUGUCCGGUAUUGCGGCAACAUUAUCGCUGGGGUCAGUCUACUGUCCGAUUCGGUGAUGCGCUUGGUACGGACCAACGACGAGGAGCAGACAAAUGAAGAGUACCGUCAAAUAUUUGCCAAAGAACGGCAUAUAAAGUACUGGGCCGAUGUCCUACUACCACGCCGCUCGCUCUAUGUAAUGAGAGAUACGGCUCGAUACAAAUUUACACACGAAAUUCUACCAUCCAACGAGUCACAGUUCCUUCAGCAGCCGGUAUGCAAGAGCCGCCGCAUAUCGAUUAUCUGCAGGAAUGAACCAACAUGAGCCGCUUCGCGUUCCGAC